AUGUUCGCGUUCACAACUCUUAGCACAUCUAUCCUUGCUUUCUCUUCCCAUGUCCUAGCAACCCCUACCACAACUCACCACGACGAUUAUGUCAAUUGGAGAAACUUCAGAGCCAAUGGCGUCAAUCUCGGCGGAUGGCUCUGUCAGGAAGCCACCAUCGAUCCAUAUUUCUGGGGAACAUAUUGCAAAGGUACCGCUGAUGAGUGGAAUUGCUGUGCCAAACUUGGCGACAAGUGCGCAUCGGUUUUUGAGAAACGCUAUGCGACGUAUGUCACUCGCGAUGAUAUUGAUAAGCUUGCCUCGGGCGGAGUGAAUCUUCUUCGCAUUCCGACCACAUAUGCAGCUUGGAUCAAGGUUCCAGGUGCGCAGUACCACUCUGGCAACCAGCAAUCGUACAUCAAGAAAAUCACUUCGUACGCUAUCAAGAAGUAUGGCAUGCAUAUCGUUCUCGAUAUUCAUGGUCUGCCGGGUGGUAUCAAUGGUCUAGAUAUUGGCGAGCGCAUUGGCAAAUGGGACUGGUUUAAUAACCAAACCAACCUUGACCUGUCACUCAAAGCCGUCGACGCAGUCUUGAGAUUCAUCCAGAGCUCAGGAAGUCCGCAGUCAUAUACACUCGCUCCCAUCAAUGAACCAGCAGACAAUCCCGACUUUUCCACAUUCGGCACUCCAGCAGCUUUGUCAGAUAAUGGCGCUGCUUGGGUACAAAAGUACAUCAACGCCGUUGUCGAGCAUACUAAAGCCGUGAACCCAAAGAUCCCAGUCAUGUUCCAGGGCAGUUUCAAAGGCGAGCCAUUCUGGUCAGGAAACUUUGCCGCGAACACCAACAUCGUUUUCGACGUGCACAACUACUACUUCGGCCGCCCCAGCGAUUCAGACAACGUUACCAUUAGCAUCUGCUCAGACGCAAAGAUGCUUGCUGGUGAUGGCAAAUUUCCUGUGUUUGUGGGCGAGUGGGCCAUCCAGACAUUGUCGAACAACAAAUUUGCGAACCGCGCCAAGAAUCUGAACACUGGGCUCUACGCAUACAACAAGUACACACAGGGGAAUGCGUACUGGACAGCAAAGUUCUUCGGCAAUGUUUCAGUUGCGGGUGAAGGGGUGCAGGCCGAUUAUUGGAAUUAUCUGAACUUCAUCGACAUGGGCAUCCUUGAGCCUAGCGCUGGUCAGAACUACUGUUCAUAG